AUGUUUGAUAAGCAGACCAAAAGCACUUCAAACUAUGAAUUAACGUAUAAAGAGUUAAGAUCGUUGAUAUUAGCUACAUUAAAAUUGAAAGCAUGAGAAAAUAUUACCAAGCCGCACUUGCUGUGACUGCUAUAGUGAUUGAUGUCAAAAGUGAGUAGAAAUUCAACAUGGAAUAGUUUUGUUAAUAAAUAAUUUCUCGAUAUAAUUCAUAAACAUCUGCAAAGAUGAGUAAUAUUUACAUACAAGAGCCACCCACCACGGGUAAAGUGGUAAUGAAAACGUCAGUAGGUGAUAUUGACUUGGAAUUAUGGACAAAGGAGGCUCCUAAAGCAUGUAGAAAUUUCAUACAAUUAUGUAUGGAUGGAUAUUAUGACGAUACUAUAUUUCACAGAAUUGUUAAAGGUUUCAUAGCACAAGGUGGAGAUCCAACUGGGACAGGUGAAGGUGGUGAAAGUAUAUAUGGACAACCAUUUAAAGAUGAAUUCCAUACAAGAUUACGUUUCUGUAGAAGAGGUUUACUUGCCAUGGCCAAUGCUGGAAAAGAUGACAAUGGCUCUCAGUUUUUCUUCACUCUUGCAGCUACACCAGAAUUGCAGAAUAAACAUACCAUCUUUGGCAAAGUUACCGGAGAAACUAUAUAUAAUAUGCUUAAACUUGAAGAAGCACUUGUAGACGAAAAUGAUAAACCUCUUUAUCCUCCAAAAGUUAUAAAGACAGAAAUAUUGAAUAAUCCUUUUUCUGAUAUUGUAACCAGGGUAAUAACAAAGAAAAGUGAAGAAAUAAAAGAUAGUACAAAAAGAAAAAAAACUGGAGUAAAAAAUUUUCAACUUUUAUCUUUUGGGGAAGAAGCAGAGGGAGAUGAGGAAGAAUCUGUGAUAUUAAAUAAACAAUUCACCGGUAAAGGUAAAUCGGCACACGAUCAUUUAACCGAUGAUCCAAAGCUAAGUGCUCAACCAGCUAUUGAACCAGCUGGACCUCCAAGUAAGAAAAAAAAAGAAGAUCGUAGCAGCGAUUGGGAAAGUGACGACGAAGUUGAAAAUCCAGAAGAAUUGGAAGCUAUGAAAAUAGAAAAAGAAGAAAUGAAAGAAAGAAUCAAAACUAAAUUAAGGGAUACAAAAAAAGGACCUAAAAAGGUAGAAAAUUAUAAGGUGGACGACGUUGAUGAUGAUAACGAUGAGAAGGAAGACGAGUAUUAUCUAGGAAAAGAUAGAGACGAUGAACGUAGAAAAAAAGCGGAAGAAAUUAGGAAAGAAAUUCGGGACUUGAAACGCGAUGUUAGGAACGAGAAAAAAGCAAAGGAGGAAGAGAAGAAAUUAAUCGAGGGACAAGAAGCGAAGAAAGAACAGAAAACAGAAAUUAUGAAACAAUACAUAGAAACUCAGGAAAAAUACAAAGAAGCAAAGUCAAAGAUCCCUAAAAAGGGUAAGAGUCGCGAAGAUUUUACAAUGGAUUUAUUAAAAAAAUUCAAGUCCAAGCUUCGAAACGCUAAAGAGACUAGAACGGAAAGAUCGCCAUCUCCGCCGAAAAAAGGAAUGGACAAAGAAGAGGAUUUUGACCCGAGCGACGAAUCUUGGAUGGUACACGAAUUACAUUGCGAAGAAAAAGCACCCGUCCUUGCCAAAGAUGCAAGCACGAAAGACGACGAUUGGUUCGAGAUUUACGAUCCCAGAAAUCCACUCAAUAAACGACGAAGAGGAGAAAAGCUACACAAACCGAGGGACGAUAAAAGUAGGCAGAGCGACCACCGUCGUAAAUAAUGUGUAUUAUUGAUAAUAUUGGUGUAAUAUUCAAGUAAGGCUUUCUUACAUCAUUUAAUGUAUUGUAAAAAACUAUAUGUAUAUAGGGUGUGUACUGUAUGAAAUACAUUUUAUUUCUUUGUCUAAAGAAAAA